ACCUCCGCCGGCUGCCUUCUCUGAGGGCGAUUGACACUCAAUCCCGGGAUCAGGGGGACUCACUGUCAGCUUCACUGCGAGAUGCGGUUGCAACGGAGACACGCUGUUUCUGACACACGACAAUUGUGAUCAGACAACUUGUUUUUUUUUGUCUGAAGGGGAAUAAACCGUUGAUUCCAGGAAUUAAAAUCUGAGAUCGAAACUGCAAUGUUGUCGAUGGUGGGGAAAUUGGCGUUGAUAAUGAUGUGCUUGGCAUUGCCGGGACUGAAAGAAGCAGCCGGCAGAGUUGGAUGGAAUACUACAGCGAGAUACAAUAUCACAACCCCACUAGACUUCCUGAAUACUACCAGCUUUCAGGAGGAGAUCGCCACUGCUACGGAAAGAUCUUUUGAAACAUCAACAGUACCUUCUACUAUUGUAACACAAGCCACUACCAUUACACCUACCACCGAUUGGAAAUGGGAGGAAGCACAAGAACAUGAAUGUAACUGCAGUAUUGUUGGAAGCAGCAAUGAUUCCCUGUGUAACACAUCGUCAGGCCAAUGCGAUUGCCUACCUGGGUACAUCGGCCUACAAUGCAGUGAUUGUGCAGGAGGCUUUUACCGCAGCACCAUUAACGGACAGUGCACUUUAUGUGGAUGUAAUGAGACAGGAGCAGUAAACUCCCAAUGUGACAGCACUGGAAAAUGCCAUUGCAAAGAAGGGGUGACUGGCCUGAAAUGUAGCCAGUGUCAAACCUUACAUUACAAGUUCAGCAAAGCUGGAUGCAGACCCUGUGAAUGUAGCAACCUCUCAACAACAUGUGACCAUAUAACUGGCAUCUGCUUAAACUGCACUGGAAAUAGCAAAGGACGUCAUUGUGAGAAGUGCAAAGAUAGUUACUACAGGAAGCCUGGAACCAAUGAUACAGUUGUGUGUGAACGCUGUCCUUGCUCAGUAGUGACAUCCAGUGGAAGCUGUCAUUUAGUAUCAGGUGAGGCAAUCUGUGACCAGUGCAAGCCUGGCUAUUUUGGCUCCAACUGUGAGGAGUGUGCUGACGGUUACUACAAUUCAGACAGCAUCUGUGUGAAGUGUGAAUGCAACAACAACAUAGAUUUACAGAGCAAACAACCAAUCUGUGACUCUGAGUCCGGGCGGUGCCUCAGCUGCACAUUAAAUACAACAGGCUUUCACUGCGAGAAAUGUGCGGAAGGAUACACAGGAGAUCCUGUGGCAGGAAGCUGCCAAAUAGAAAUAACCACGAUGCCGACAACAGCCUCCACCCCAACAAUUACUACUGCAAGUACCAGCACAACAAUCUCCCCGUCAACUUCAGUCACAAACAAUACAUUCAGUGUAAAGAUUCAGACAUUCCUGUCACCUUUAUUGAGCACACCUCAGAGCACAGUGAGCACGGCUGAGCCAGUGACACCUGAAAUAUCAUGGACUCAGUUUAACAUCGCGGUACUGGUGGUUAUUAUUGCUGUGGUCGUCCUGCUGAUGGGUUUUGUGGCUGGUGUCUACAUUUAUCGAGAGUACCGAAACCGGAAGCUAAAUGCUCCUUUCUGGACCAUAGAACUGAAGGAGGACAACAUAAGCUUCAGCAGUUACCAUGACAGCAUCCCCAAUGCUGAUGUUUCAGGAUUGCUUGAGGAUGAUGUAACUGAAGUGGUCCCAAACGGACAGCUGUCUCUUUCGACGCCAAUGAACUCAUACAAGAUAUAAAAUCUAAAUUAACUGAAAACAUAGGAUCGGAGAAAGGACAAUUAAAUGGGCUGAGCAGCCAAAUUGCUCUAUAAAACAAUCAAAUUACAAAUGCAACAUAGCUAUGGUGUAAAGCUGUCUGCUUCCUUGAACUGAACUGGUAUUUGAGACAAGUCAAGAGCCUAUGAAACAGAUAGAAAUUACAUCUUGUUUAUUCCAUUCACCAGUGUAAAACACCCCAAAGAAGUUUCUAUUUUUGUACAAAUCUAACAUGCAAUGAAGUUUAGGAUUAAGUUCUCUUUCGAUAUGGAGAAGGUGGAUGAUUAUUUAAUAGACUUGUCCUACACAAAAGGAACAUAGCAGUAUUGUGCAUCACAGUGUGACAGAAAGACUUCUGCUGCUGAGAGAUUGGGGUAUUAGUUUUAUACAAGAUGACGGAAUUAUUCAUCAAGGACUAGAUGAAAAACUCUUGGACUCUAGCUUUUAAGCUGCAGACAUUUACAAAUGGUUGCCAAGGGACAAAGGCAAUAAUCAAGUGAGGGCCAACAUGUUUCCAAUGGAGAUUGCAUUGGUACAGCUGUCAAUGUCACAUGUGUAGUCUGGUCACUUAUCUCACAAGGUAGCGCUGUCUGUCAGCAAUAUCUCCUCAUGACCAUUCCUGAACUUACUGCAAAAAGCUGAAUGAACAGUCACUUCUUAACGUCUGGUCACAUCUGACAUAUGCAAGCUCAUAUCUAAUGGUAUCAAAAUGGCUGCUUAUUGUAAAUUCUUAUGGUACAGUCAUGAACCAACUGAUAAACUACAGCCUUAAAGGGCCCUCUACUUGAGAAUUAUAAGCACAUAUAGGACCAGAGAAUGGUUUAGUGCAAUUGCAAAUUUCUGCAAAGUACAUUAAGAACACAAGCUAAUCUCACUAAUGAUUUCUUUAAUUUGACAUAAGAAGAGGACCAUUAACAACCUGCAGCACUCUAUCCAAUUCCAUGUAACUAGAUUUGCUAACAGUCUUAAUUCAAAAAGUAAAGUUCUGGUUGGGGUGCAAAGAAAGUCACAAGCCAGUGAAUCUGGAUCAGUUUGCCAGUCUAGCACCAAAAAAACUGCAGCAAGAAGAAAUGAUAGACUCUCUUACCUGAAGUUAUACUAUUUUGAGUUUGUAGUUCUUCAGAAUGAAUGGUGAAAAGCAAUAACAAGCUGAGGGACCACUUGUUAACUUAGAGGCUGCCAUUUUAUAGGAAUUUGAUUUUCUUCCUGUAUAGAUUCAGCAGUGUCCACUUUGUCACUACAGCAGACCCAGAAAAUGCCUCAGCCAAUGGAGCUUUCCCAUUCCAACGUCAUGCAUUUUAACUGCAUGUAGUUACUGCAUCUCAUUCAUGGAUCCUUUGGGAAUGGGAGGCCUGAGAUUUGACAACACAAACUCUGAUCUAGACUUAAGUGUCAUUAUUAGUCAGAGGUUCAGUAUCAAUGAAGGACAAGAGGUUAAAAUUGAAGUACUCUUUGAUCUUUUCCUGUGAUGUAGAUGUUUUAAGCUAAUACUUUCCGUGGUCUUCUUUGAUAUCAGUCAAGUCUUUUCUUGUUUAAUUUUUAAAAUGAAUUUACCUCAACACAACCAUUUGUCUGGUACUUAAACUCAUAUAAUUCUUCAAUUAAACACACUUACAUAUUUGAUGGAUCCAUCAGCGAAACCAUUUACUUCUAUCACACAGGACAUCUCCUGCCUUUACUCUUAUUAUAUUGUUAAAGUCCUUUCGUGCUUGUCACAUUAAGGCUAAAAUUCUGCUUGGAAACUUCAGGACAAGAAAUUAUACAAAAGCUGUACAUACAUCACCUCCUGCCUUCACUUGCUCCGAUUACAUUGACUCCAUCUUGUGCAGAUAUCCAGAUUCUUCUGUGGCCUUGCUGUAUGUUGUUUCUAUGUAAUCACUGUAAUAGAAUGAUACAGCAAAGUUAGCUUAGCAUUCAGCUCACUGUACUUGUGAAGAGAGCUAUACCAUUUGUCUCUCUUCUCAAUCCUAGCCCAGUCUAAUGACCCUUCUGCCAUUAUUUCAUCUUAUUCUAUCCAAGCCCGUCCUGAUUUGAAAUUCUUACCAAAUUUCCCCUUGAACUUUUUUGUUCAGUGGAAAACAACCCAUUUCUCUAGUUUCUCCAGGUAAGUGAGGUCUUUCAUCCUGAUAUCAUUGUAGUGAAUCACCUCUAGACUAUAACCCUUGACAUAUCUCCCAAAAUGUGCUGCCCUGUAAUUAUUAGUUAUAAGGCAAUUAAGAAUUUCAUGAACAAAUUUGUACAGCUUUUUAUCAGCAAGCUUACACCCUCUGCUGCUUUAACUUUGGCUCAAGUUGAAUCCCACACCUUCCCUUUAAUCCAUAAUUAUGAAUGGUAAGCUAGGCCUUCACAGUCUUGCAGUGAUUUCCAAGCAAUGGAAAUGGAAAACGAAGAUGCUUUCAGAUUUCAUGUAAAUACCUAUGCAGUUGCCCAACAAGUUUUCAUGUGCAACAUUUGUUAACCAAUCAAGUUUGAUCACUAAACACAAAAAAGUCCAACUUAGAAACAGAUGCAUAUAUUGUAAAAGAUAUUCUGAAGUAACAGUAUUGGACAGAUAUUAUUCAGAUCCUCAACACAUGGGAAUGUAGGCAAAAUAUAUUCUCUUCAGUGUUCAUAAAUAUGAAGCUGCAUGUAACAGUUGCUCAAGGGUUAGAAUACAUUCAAUAUGCCUUAGUUUCAAUGGUUUGUGGACUGUUAUGUUUAUAAUAGUUCAGUUUUCAGCCCUGAAGGUGUACAGAUAUGUGAUAAACAGGUUCAUUAUCCAUUUUUGUUGAAGCCAUUUGAUUAGUUUCUUUGAAAAAACUCUUAAAUGGUUCCAGAUAGAGGGAAGUACAACCAGUUAGAGCAGGUUAAGCAAUUGCUUUCAUUGUACAGUAGAUCAUGCAAACUGAUUACUACAAGGCACGUUUAUAAAAUAAGUCAACAAAAUUUGUAAAUACUUGUAUUUAGAAAGAAAGUGGGUUUAAAGAUGUUUAUUGACUGAGGACAUACUUCUUUCUUUGAAUGUUAAGUGUUUGUAUUUAAAUGUAUAAAAAGUAUAAAACCUUUAAAAUGAUGCUGGCUUUUCAACACUAAUUAAACAUGUUGCUAAGUUUCACUGAAAGCUAGUGGUAACAUACGUUCCCAAGGUUGAUACUGGAGGAGAUGCUGCCUCCAAUUCUGCAAUAGCAACCAGUAAGAAGCAGUGGGAGUAAUACAGCUACUAACUUGCAAACCAGUUAAUUCUAGAUCCACUUCUACAAUACAUCAUUUUGUGAAUCAAGUGGUAAUUUUAAAAAAAUCUGUGUAAUAAUUGCUGAUUUUCAUUUUGUCGUGUGGAAUCAAAGGGCUACACUGCUAUCUGAUCAAUUGCUUUGGAAGACUGUUAAGACAUUGAUGUACAGAACAAUGCAUAAAGUACAAUAUUUCAUUGAUAUCUUCAUUUAUGACUGCUAUUUAAAUGAAAAUGAUUACACCUGGACAGUUAUACUGAAGUAAAAACAUUCUGGAGAAACUCAGCAGGUCUGGUAGCUUUAGUGGAGAGAGAAUAACAGAGUGAAUUUUUCAAAUCAAUUAUUCUUCCUAAAAACUGUUCAACAGAUGAGUCACUUUCAACGUGAAAUGUGUAUAACUAUUUAGGCAUUACCAUUUUCAUUUAGAUAUGUAUGGUUUGUUCUGUUUAUUAAUGUCAUUUUAUGUUUCAGAAAUGGAAGUUAAUCAAUGAGAGUUUAAACAGAGAGGUUCCAUAAAAAUCAUUAUGUGGGGAAUAGCUGAGUAUCUCCAGGCUUUUGGGUUUAUGGGGGGGGUGUAGGUUUGCUCGCUGAGCUGUAGGUUUGAUAUCCAGACGUUUCAUUACCUGGCUAGGUAACAUCAUCAGUGGCAACCUCCAAG